UCCUUUUCUUUUCUGGGUAGCCUCCAGUUUUCAUCAAAACUUGCUACUGCUCUGCUUUGAGUCCCUGACACAGAGAAGGAGAAAGUGACGUAUUGGAGAAGCUCAAGUCAACAAAAGCAUAGGGGACCUACUGCUUAAUUUUUGGCGGGCAGCAACGGUCACUUUCAAUGAUUUUAUGAAGGAGAUUGAGCUGAGGCGGACACAGGCUUUCUCAAGCUGCUUGGGCUGUAACGGCAAAAGCAGAUCUCAAUCAUAUGAGGAGAUCUUCUACUCUGGUGGAUGUGUUUCUCCUACUUGCAUUGUUCAGUGGUGCUCCAUGGGCUGUCAAGGGCAGUCCACAUUGCAGCAAACGGGCCAACUCAGGGGAAAUUCGACCUCACAGUGUCACUAUCACUGAAUUUGGCGCUGUUGGAGAUGGGGUCACUCUCAACACAAAAGCCUUUCAGAAUGCCAUCUUCUAUCUCAAUUCCUUCACAGACAAGGGUGGGGCCAAGCUUUUUGUCCCAGCUGGCCGGUGGUUGACAGGAAGCUUCCAUCUCAUCAGCCAUCUAACCUUGUGGUUGGAUAAAGAUGCAGAAAUUCUUGGAUCAACGAACUCUGAUGACUGGCCAGUUGUUGAACCUUUACCAUCAUAUGGUCGAGGAAGGGAGUUGCCAGGUGGAAGACAUCGAAGUCUCAUUUAUGGACUCAAUUUGACGGACGUUAUCAUAACAGGUGAUAAUGGGACUAUUGAUGGCCAAGGCAGCAUCUGGUGGAAUUGGUUCCAUAACAAAACCCUGAAUUACACAAGGCCCCAUUUGGUGGAAUUGAUGAACUCAACUGGGAUUGUGAUCUCAAACCUGACCUUCCUAAAUUCACCAUUUUGGACCAUUCACCCUGUAUAUUGCAGCCAUGUAACUGUCCAGAAUGUGACAAUCAUUGCUCCUCCAAAGUCACCAAACACAGAUGGGAUUGAUCCAGACUCUUCUGAUAAUGUCUGCAUUGAAGAUUGUUAUAUUAGCACUGGUGAUGAUCUGAUAGCGAUCAAAAGUGGAUGGGAUGAGUAUGGUAUUUCAUAUGGUCGUCCCAGUAGAAACAUUAUCAUUCGUAGGAUUACUGGGAAAACUGAAACAAGCGCAGGAAUUGCAAUUGGAAGUGAGAUGUCUGGAGGUGUGUCAGAAGUUCAUGCAGAAAACCUCCAUUUUUUCAAUUCUAAGACAGGUAUCAGAAUAAAGACCUCCCCAGGAAGGGGUGGCUAUGUGAAAAAUAUCUAUGUAUCGAACGUGACCUUGGAUGGUAUAGAUAUAGCUAUAAGGUUCACCAGUCACUACGGGGAGCACCCAGAUGAGUUUUAUGACCCAAAUGCCCUCCCUAUUAUAGAGCAAAUUACUUUUAAAGAUGUCGUAGGAAAGAAUAUCAAAACUGCAGGUCUCCUAGAGGGUUUAGAAGGUGACACUUUUAUGGACAUUUGCUUAUCCAAUAUUACCCUUAAUGUGACCUCAAAAUCUCCAUGGAUAUGCUCUUCUAUUCAAGGAUAUUCUGACUUAGUUUCUCCAGAAACUUGUGAGCCUCUCAAGGAGAGAAUCUCCCCUGAGCAUUACUUGGAUUGUUACUAUCUAUCUGAUCACAUAUGGAUUUCAAGUAAUCAAAACAAAGGUGUUCAGUUUCUGUCUUGGUAGAUUCAUGAAAGUCGCCUUCUGUGAAUGUUGAAAAAAAUCGAUUCUUGCCAUUUCUCAGUGCAACAGCCAAUUACAUAGCUGGAGGAUAUAAUUGCGCGACAUAAGAAGUUGAGUGGAGUUGCUAAUUUGUGGUUUGUACCUUGCGAGAUGGUACUAAGGGAAUGAGUAUAUCUUGUAAGUUUGUGUGCAGUAACAAAUAAUUGAGUGAUUUUGUCAUAAAUUGGAAAUAGAAAGAUUUUGUAAUUUCAAAACACAUUUUUUU